AUUCACCGUGCGUGAAUAAUUGGAAUUGCCUCCGAUGAUAUCUUGCUUCGACGGCAGACUCCCCUCCGUCCCUGGGCCGGGAGUCUGUGACUCACUACGAACCGAACCGUACCGCUAUUGAUGUAACUCCUCCACCACAGAAUGGAUCUAUUGCUGCUGGGCUCCAUUCAUUACCUAACAUCUUGCCUCCCCAACAGCCAUCUGGGGAUAUCCUUGACUAAUAUCAUCUUUUACCCCAGAAGCCAGCAAUGGCCUUGAUAAGACAAAUGACACACUGCGUAAUGCCCCAGCGUUCGUGGAGUGUAUACGUUGUAGAGCCGUCGGGGAUUAUCUCCGUACUGUACUGGUAUAUUCAGCAAUUCAUGCUGCAAAGACACGACUGGAUGGGCUAUUAUCGCCUCCAGCAGCACCCGACCCACCGUUAGGGAUGGAUGAAUGGCUGGGAGCAAAGGCUUCCGGAUGCAGGCUGGAUCUCCGAUGAUCUUGCCCGAAUGCACUCACUCACUGCUUUUUCCACCCACAUGCAGGGGAUCCUCAACCAUUCGAUAUCAACUCAACUUCUUCACCGCAGUUGUCAACUGCCAUCAACUGCAAUGCAAGUUGUUAACUUUGUUUCGUGAGCGAGACUUCCGGACCAGGAGAGAUGUUGUCCAUUUGUCGUAAUGCAGACAAUACUGCGAUUGACUGGCCAAGCAUGUCGAUGUCGCGGAGCCUUAUCUGGCCUAUUGAUAGCCACAUUAGCCACCAAGUUACUC